AUGAUUCAGCUUCCAGCCCUCUUCGGGGCGGCCCUACCCCUCUUCGCGUCUCUCACGAGCGCGGCGGCCAUUGAGCCGCGGCAGACGGCAGCACAAGUGGUCCGGCUCAGCUCCAUCGAGAACAUCGCGGUCCGGUCCAAUGGGCAGGUUCUGGCGACCAACAUGAACAGCGCCAAUCUGUACGCCAUUGACCCCGUGGCCAAGACGUCGUCGACGGCCAUUUCGGUGACGGGGGCUUCGGGGCUCAGCGGCAUCGGCGAGUACGCCCCCGACGUCUUUGCCGUCAUCGGCGGCAAGGGCAUCUACAAGGUCGACUUUUCCGGCGGCACGCCCAAGUCGUCACUCAUCAAGACCAUCACCGAGGCCAACAACCUCAACGGGCUGGCCGUGUUCGACAACAGCACCGUGCUGGUGGCCGACGCCGGCAAGGGCAGCGUGUACCGCUUCAGCGUGGUGACGGGCGAGUACUCGGUGGUGCUGACGGACGCGACCAUGGCGCCCUCGGGCGGCAUUCCGUUCGGUAUCGACGGCAUCAAGUAUAAGGACGGUACCGUGUGGUACACCAACAUCUUCAAGAACAGCUUCCACAAGGUCGCCGUCGACGAGGUCACGGCCAAGGCCAAGGGCGCCUUCACCACGCUGUGGACCAAUCUCAUGGGCGACGACCUGUGCUUCGGCCCCAACGGCAAGAUCUACGUCGCCACCAACUCGCGCAACUCGCUCGUCGAGGUCGACCCCACGGCCGCCAAGCCCGCACCCGUCUCCGUCGGCAGCGUCACCGGCUCCACCUCGUGCGCCUUUGGCCGCACCGAAAAGGACAAGAAUGUCGCCUACGUAGGAGCCGGCGCCGGUGUGUUUGCCGUUACCGUUAAGAUCUGA